AUGAAGAACUCGGCAAUCGACAAGUCCAUCGGCCAGAAGAUGCGGGACCGCUAUAAUGGUCCAUUUGUCGUGAUUUCGCGGAACAGAGGUGGAGCAUACAUUCUUGCAGAACUUGACGGAUCAGUGUUCGACCGCCCGACAGCCGCCUUCCGCAUUAUUCCAUAUUUUGCGCGCGAGAAAAUCGAGCUGCCGCCUCUGGAUGAUUUCCUGGACGUGUCAACACAGCGUUUGAGGGAGUUAGAAUUAGCAACAACAACGGACCCAGAUGAUGACGCGUAG